UUCCUUCCUUCCUUCCUUCCUUCCUUCCUUCUCCAUCACUGGAGGCUUUUAAGAGACUGGACAGUCCCUUCUCUGCAAUAGCAUAGGGCUUUUGCUUGAGCAGGGGGUUGGACUAGAAGACCUCCAAGGUCCCUUCCGGCUCUAUUCUCAUUCCGAUUCUGACUUUUUGGAGGGGCUCCACUUUUAUAAAAUGGAUUUUGACAGCACGGAUGUUUUCAAAAUUCUCUUCGACGGACCGGAGGAUCCGAACUCCGGACCCAGCCUUGCUGCCAUAAACUCCAACGUCCAAACCCUCCUUCAAGAUCAUCCCUACGUCUCUCUUCCAAAUAAACCCAGGAGCUGGCCAGCUGGCCAGCUGCAGCGUCUUCCUGACGACGACGACGCAGAAGAGCUUUUGCAACUUCGGAUCAACCCCAACAAAGUCUACCAUCCCAGGAGCUCAACGGCCUCUCCGGAGAACAUCGGUGACGUUUCCUCCAGUCUCGGACGAGCCCCCCUUCCUCACGACCCAUCGCCCACCAUCGUCCUGGAGGUCCUCUGCGACCCAGGGACCUUGGAAGACAUCAACACUCUUGGAAAUUGGGGCUCCCCUGAAACCCACCCACCCAUCUGCAUUGCGAGCCAAGCAUCGCUGGAAUUUUUGGAUGGGAGGUCUCGCUUAAACGCAGUCGAGAUUCCCACGGAGCAGACCCCUGCCCCGUUCUUGACGGAGGAGGAGAGGCACCUUCUAAGCCAGGAGGGGGUCUUCCUGCACGACGUUCUACACCUUUCCCAGGCGGAAGAGCGAAUCCUCAAGAAAAUACGGAGGAAGAUUCGAAACAAGCACUCGGCCCAAGACAGCCGUCGACGCAAAAAGGAAUAUUUGGAUGGUCUGGAGAGCCGGGUAGCUGCCUGCUCGGCACAGAACCAGGAUCUCAAGAAAAAGGUCCAACAGUUGGAGAAGCACAAAGAGUCCCUUCUGGACCAGUUACAGAACCUCCAGGGUCUCCUCACCCAGACAUCCACCAAGGCAGUCCAGACCAGCACAUGCCUCGUGGUAGGUGGCCUUCACUCUUUUGAGCACUGGGCCUCCGGGGUUCCCGCUCCCAUCAUCCCCGUCUCUUUCCCUCUCCAGAUCCUCCUCGUCUCCUUCGGCCUUUUCAUCUGGCCCACCUUGGCCUCGUUUUACGGUGCGUCCCAGGUCGCCGGAGGGAACCCGGAACCGUCAGGAGUCCUUUCCCGAAAUAUCUUGACCCAAAAGGAAGCUUCCGAGCCAGGGACACCAUCCGCCGCCCGUCAUCUAGAAGUGCCCCUCGUUCAAGUGGAAUUGCGCCCGGAACUUCGCGUCGGUGAGGACGUGAAAAACCUCCCUGUGGUGGGAGAGACAGACGAGGAGGCAGGAUCUGAACCCCAGUUCCAACCAAAGGAUCGUCGGCGAGGAAAGGCCACCAGGCCCGACCUCGACGAGAUAUGAAACAUCCCGGCAACAUUUUGCGUCUGGGAAGCUUUACGUUCCGAAACAAACAGCAAAGGGUACCCCAGAGCAUGUGCAAAGGGCCUUCCCCCCCCCCUGCCAACAAGCAGCAGUCAUCCGAGGGACAGUGCCAGCUGCCUGAAACCCAAAGCAAUUCCUCUGCCAAGCCAGAUUCCCGGAGUUUUCUUUAACAAGAUUUGUUGAGCCAGAAGAGAAAAAGACGACGUCUCCAGGAUUCCCAUUUCUCCGAAUCUUUUAUCCCUCUCAAAACCGUCUCAGACAUCGGGCGCGGGGUUCAAGGAGUACAACUCAGUGGUUGAAACACGGCGGACAAUAAUACCCACGUCAACUCAUAAAGUUGCCAUGGUGAGGAAAGCGGGGGGGGGAGUGCAUUCCAUGCAUAUUUUCGGCUAGAGUUGGAUCUCGGAUUACUUCAGCAGGCUUGUGAGGGGUUCGUUGGGGGAAUGUGAUUUACGACACAGAGGGGAGGGAAGGAAGCUGGGUAAAGUUCCGCUAGAAUCCCAACAAGGCUCAGAUCUGACUGCAAAGCGGUAUUGCCAAAAUGGGGCUCCUAAUAAAUGACGGGGUUUCUUUUGAAACUUGGCUGGAGGCUCAUGAAUUAAUUAAUUUGGGAAACCUGACCACCCAGCAGUGUCAGGGUGGACGACACUGGGACUUGUAGUCCGCGGGAGGGUCGAGGAUUCAAAAUUUUCAAUUCCAAAGGUUGGAGGUUGAAAAUCAUUCCCGGGAUUUCGUUUUUUACUUUUAAUGACUUCCGUUCGUUCUUCGCUGGCUCUUGUCUUCUCGUCAAUCGGAUUCUCUCCCGUGUCGUCGUCCUCCCCCAACCCUCCCCCCCACCUCGACAGAAAGCAAAUUAUCCUGCUUGGAAACAAAGGAGUUUAAUUAACAGAAGCCGAACGUCGCCGGAGGCUUCCUACGCCCGCUUCAAACCUUUCUCGAUCCUGCAGGUUCAUUUUCCCAAGAAACCUCAUUAGAUGGAGCUGUAAUUCCGGAGAGGCUCUUCCAUCCGAUCUCCUGCCGGCGGGGGGAUUUCACGCCAAGAAACUUUCCAUCCUCAAAAAUUCAAUUUAUAAACGGUUGCUUUAGGGAAACGCAGGCGUAAAACAGGGCGGUGAAUCCGUUCAACCAGAAGAUUUCGAGAGAAAGGGCUUUGAAACCUCCGUCUCCUUCCUUCCCUUCCUGCCUCCCGCUUCAAAUGAUCUCCUCGGAAAGAAAGUCCUUGCCACACGGCCAUAAACUGAGCCCAAAGUUUCCGCUGCUAAGAGAGACGUUCGAACGUUGCUCUCUUUCCGCGGUCGUUAAGGGAAUCACUGCGGUUGUUAAGUUUAGUCACACGGUUGCUAAGUGGAUCUAUCUUCCCACCGUCGCAAAAGGGAGGUUGUGGGGCCCCGGGGACGCCGUGGCUGUCGUAAAUAUGAGCCCCCGUUGCCGAGUGUCUGAAUCUUGAUCGAGCGACCACGGGGAGGCUGCACCGGUCGUAAGGGUGAAGCAAGGGUCACGAGUCACUUUUUUCAGUUAAGAGUCACUAAGUGAACUCUCGGGGGAAGAAACCAAGCGAGGGGUUAUUAGAGUGAAGCCAAAGUGGGAGGAAAAAAUUAAAAUUAAAAGUUUUUUUUUAUGGAAGAAGAGAUACUCUUGCUACAGGCCACAGUUCGACCCCGUUUGCCUUCAUCUGAUUAUUAUAAACUUUUAUUCGUUAAACAUGAAACUCAAAAGUCAAGUGAAUAUUGAUUGUUGAUACAGAUUGCUGCCAACAUCCUAGGAAUCUACCCUCCUCCUCCUUUUCUUCUCCUUCUCCUUUUUCUUCCAUUCCUUCCUUCUUUUUUC